ACAAAAUCAUGAAAAUUAAAGAAGGGGAAUUCACGGCUGCUAUAUAUGGUGCGAUUAAAGAUCAGAAAUAUAAAGAAGCGGUAAACAUGCUAAAUCAACAACUCCUCGUCCAUCCAAGCAGUCGAGCUGCACUUUCAUUACUCGGUUAUUGCUUUUAUCAGCUACAAGAUUUUGUUAGUGCUUCUGAUUGUUACGAACAACUGACUCAACAUUUCCCUGAUAUAGAAGAAUAUAAAUUUUAUUUCGCUCAAUCGCUGUAUAAAGCAGACUUGUUUCAAGCGGCGACUAAAGCUGCAGCUCAAAUUGAAGAUCCAAAUUUUAAGGAAAAACUUAACAAACUCAAUGCUGCUAUACAUUAUGGUGAAGGAGAUUUAUCUGGUUCACGUAGUAUAGUCGAACAAAAUCAUUCUGGUGAUAUUGAUUCAAUUAUUAAUCUUGGAUGUUUAUUCUAUCGCGAGGGAGAUUAUCAAAAAGCUUGCCAACACUUUCAACAAGCUAUACAAAUGACUGGUUUCCAACCACAAUUAUCUUAUAAUAUUGCAUUAUGUUAUUAUCAUAUGAAACAAUAUGCUCAAUCAUUAAAAUAUAUUGCUGAUGUUAUAGAACAUGGAAUAAGAGAUCAUCCAGAACUUGGUGUUGGUAUGACUACAGAAGGUUUAGAAGUACGAAGUGUUGGAAAUACAUUAACAUUACAUGAAACUGCUUUAAUUGAAACGUUUAAUUUAAAAGCAGCUAUUGAAUUCAAUUUAAAAAAUUAUACUUCAGCAUCUGAAGCAUUAACAGAUAUGCCACCAAGAAAUGAAGAUGAACUUGAUCAUAUCACAUUACAUAAUCAAGCUGUAAUGAAUAUGAAUAAAGAACCUGGGAUUGGUUUUCAAAAACUUCAAUUUUUAUUACAACAAGAAACAUUUCCAUCGGAAACAUUUGCUAAUCUUUUAUUACUUUAUAUUAAAUAUGAAUAUUAUGAUUUAGCUGCUGAUGUAUUAGCUGAAAAUGCAACAUUAGCCUAUGAAUAUUUAUCAACGGAUUUAUUUGAUUUUAUUGAAGCUAUAAUUCUUAGACAAACUGCUCCACAAGAUGCUUAUAAUCGUCUUGAUCAAAUGGCUAUUAAACAUACGGAACAAUUAAGACGAUUAACAAAAAUAAUUCAAGAAGCUAGACAAAAUCAAAAUGAUGAAUUAGUUAGAACUACUGUACAUGAAUAUGAUAUGGCAUUAGAAAAUUAUAUUCCAGUAUUGAUGCAACAAGCUAAAAUCUAUUGGGAUAUGGAAAAUUAUCAACAGGUUGAGAAAAUCUUUCGUAAAUCAGUUGAAUUUUGUAAUGAUCAUCCAAUAUGGAAAUUAAAUGUUGCCCAUGUAUUAUUUAUGCAAGAGAAUAAAUAUAAAGAAGCAUGUAAUUUUUAUGAACCCAUUAUAAAACGUCAAUAUACAAAUUUAUUAAAUAUUAAUGCAAUUAUUAUAGCUAAUUUAUGUGUUACCUAUAUAAUGACUAGUCAAAAUGAAUAUGCUGAAGAAUUAAUGCGUAAAAUAGAAAAAGAAGAAGAAGAACUAGAACAACAACAACAACAACAUCAAGAAGUAGUUCUUGAAGGAGUUGAAAUAGAUCCAUUGAAUCAUCAUUAUUCUAAUAAAAAAUGUUAUCAUUUAUGUAUUAUUAAUUUAGUAAUCGGUACAUUAUAUUGUACUAAAGGGAAUUAUGAUUUUGGUAUUAGUCGUAUUAUGAAAAGUUUAGAACCAUAUCAAAAGAAAUUAGGACCAGAUACAUGGUAUUAUGCUAAACGUUGUUUCCUAUCACUGAUUGAAAAUAUGUCAAAACAUAUGAUUUUAUUAAGAGAUGCUGUACUCAUGGAGUGCAUACAAUUUUUAGAACAUUGUGAAUUAUAUGGACGUAAUAUAAAAGUGAUUAUUGAACAACCAAUUGAACCACAGAAAAUUCAUCCAGGACAAAAUACUAUUACAUAUGAAGCACGUUUAUUAAAAUCACUUCUAUUAGAACUUAUUCAAGGUUAAAAUACAAAGUCAACUAUUUAAUGUUUGAUCUGAAUAACAAAUUCUUUGUUAUUGCUGUCCUCUUUAAAAUGAUUCCUUUGAAUAAAUGUUUAUAUGAUUUGAAGAUGAUGAUGAUGAUGAUGAAGAUUUUAUAGUUCAGUUGGAUGAUCUUGGAUAAAGUUUUAUUCUUGAUCAAAUCAUUCAACUCAGUGAACAAAGCUUAUAAAGUUGUUUGUUUCCUUGAUUGAGUCUAUGUGUGUGUGUGUGUGAGUAUCCGUGCCAAACAUUUAAUUAACAGUAGUUCAUGUAUAUAAAUCAUCAAAAAUAACUCUAUUUUGUUUAUAUUUCUUUUCAUAAUUAUUAGUGAUAUCAUAUACAUAUUCAUGCAUUUUUAAUAAAAAAUACUAUUACUG